AAGUCACUUCAUCGAACAGCUGAAAAUGCAAUCCCACCUUGGUGGGUUAACCUCUAGAUAAACCUGACUGGAUACUCCAUUUGUCGGCAGCACCAAAUGUGCUUACCACAUGAUGUGUGACUUCAGGAGGGCUCAGGAUUUGUUAGUGUAAACACCUCUGGACUCUCCCUCCAUUGUUUCUCCUUCUGUUUGCAAUGCGUACGCCACAGGGUCUGACAUGAAGAAAGUGGUCCAUUGGUCAACGAAGGACGUGCUCCUGUGGCUGACUGAUGUGGGAAUGCAGGAAUACUCCGAGGCCUUACGUCACCUGAACGGCAAGGGCCUCAUGCAGCUCUCUAAAGCGGACUUCCAGACGGCUCCUCUGGCCCUUGUCACCUUGGACGGAGGCAGACAGCUCCUGGACAAGAUGGAGACUCUCAGGAUAGAGCACCACAUUGAAACGCAUAAAAACAGGCAUGCCAACGGACACGCCAUCUUGGCUGUCAACAGUGAGGUUAAUGGGAACAAGCCCAAGAGGAAUGGUGUGGUCAAUGAGUUCCACAAGGAGUGGAUCCAGAUCCCCAUGCCUGAGAUCACCCACUCUCCGUUUCCUGAGGAGUGGGGGAAGACGGGCGUGGCUUUUGUCUACGCCACGGUCUGCUUCAUCUUCACCACCAUUAUGAUCUCCGUGGUCCACGAACGUGUGCCUGCCAAGGAGGCCACACCACCCCUACCAGACAAGUUCUUUGACUUUUUCGGGCGAGUAGACUGGGCUUUUUCUAUAUGCGAAAUCAACGGCUUGAUACUGAUCGUCCUGUGGCUUCUACAGUGGGCAAUGUUAAAAUAUAGGUCCAUCGUUGGUCGGCGGUUCUUUUUCAUCAUUGGCACACUCUACCUCUACAGGUGUAUCACCAUGUACAUCACCACACUCCCCGUGCCAGGGAUGCAUUUCAAGUGCUCUCCUAAGCUGUUUGGUGACUGGGCAUCCCAAAUGAGCCGAGUGAUGAAGAUGAUUGCAGGAGGAGGCCUGACCAUCACUGGCUCCCACCACAUGUGUGGGGACUACCUUUACAGUGGCCACACAGUCAUGCUGACUCUCAUCUAUCUCUUCAUUAAAGAGUAUUCCCCCAAAAAGUUAUGGUGGUACCACUGGAUCUGCUGGCUGCUCUGUGCUGUGGGACUCUUCUGCAUUCUCCUGGCUCAUGACCACUACUCUAUAGACGUGGCGGUGGCUUACUUCAUCACCACACGCCUAUUCUGGUGGUACCACACCAUGGCCAACCAGCAAAAGCUAAAGGAAUCAUCGCAGAUCAACUUUUUCUCAAGGGUGUGGUGGUACCAAUUUUUCCAGUACCUUGAACAGAAUGUCACAGGCAUUGUCCCUCGGAACUACCAGAUGCCGCUGUCAUGGCGACCGGCCCAGUGGAGUCAAGUGAAGUACAGCCGGAUCGACACUGCGUGCCCAUGACAGGAGGAACUGACCCCCCCCCCCCUACACUCCUGAAAGUGCCAUAUCUAAUCACAAGAAGAUGCUAUAUCAGUCAAACUCCGUAGCUGUUCCAUUUCCCUUUUCUCCUGUAACGCCCACUCCAGUCCAACUGGCUAGCACUGUGACCAACCAUCGUUUCAGCCAAAACAUUUCACAAGGGUUUCCAGUGAGUGGAUCGCAAGCAUUUUCAUUGGCAGGUCCAGAUCUAGUUCAGUUAACAAUAGCACAUGUAACUGUUGGUCAACGCCAAUAUCUCUCUCUGUAAUUGUUACAGAUACUCUGUUGCUGAAAUUGAACGAAACAAUCAUGUUUGUCACGGCAUUUGGGCUGACCCAAAUGUUUAGUCUUUCAUGCUCAAAUGUUUUACCAGGUUUUGGUUCAAAGACGUGCUGUAGCGUUGAGAACUGGCCGGCCAUGAAGCAAGAGGCGCUUUUUGUAGUGCAAACCAUUUUCUAAGUAUAUGAACAACGUGGUCUCAGAACAUUUCGUAUUAUUCUGUACGUAAGUCCAAGACACUCCAUUUAGUAUGCUAUUUUACGUUUCAUAUGGUAUGCAUUCUUUUGUGGAUGUUCGUCAUCCAUUUCGUAUUAUGUUAUGAAUUACAAUUUGUAUGAGAUGCUAGAAAUUACAUUUCGUAUGAUAUGUUACAAAUUAUAAUUCGUAUAAUAUCUUACGAAUUUAAAUUUGUAUAAUAUGUUAUGAAUUUGCUAAAUAUAUUGUAAUGACCUGACUAGAUCAUAAAGGAACAAUUGUCCAGACAGAGGCUUGAGUUUGCGAAUUGACGGUUUAUUAAACCAACUUUACACAGGCUACUGUUAGGGCCGUAGCACACGCCAAAAAGAUAACAGAUAACCCAUAAGCCAAUCGUGACCUUCUCUUGGGCAGCCCAGACGUAAGAGAGAGAAUAAAGGUUGAACCUGGUCUUCCAAUGCUCACCCCCCUGCCCAACCCCCCUCCACGCCACUCCGCCAACCACCAGGAUGCCCGGCAUCAGAACAUUCCAGGCAUUCCCGUGAUUGGCAGAUAGCAGGUUGACUGACAUGUCGGACCCCGCGAACACCGGGUACUGGUCAGUACAACACAACCACAUCCUAGCCUAAGACAUAACACACAGCUGUCUGUGCGGGUCGCUACACAAUGAUAUGUUACGAAUUCCAAUUAGUUGUGGAUAACGUUAGCUAGGUGGCAAGGUUGCUAACGCUACAGUUAGCUAGCUGGCUAACGUUAGCUAAGCUAGAGGUUAAGGUUUGGGAUAGGGUUAAGAGUUAGGUUAAAGGGUUAGGGGAAAGGUUAGCUAACAUGCAAAGUAGCUAAAAAGUAGUAAGUACUUGCAAAGUUGCUAAUUAACUAGAAUGCUAAAGUUGUCUGUGAUGAGACUAAAUAAAACACGUAAUGCUAGAUGUUCAGCAACCACUAAUUUCAGUGUCCCAGAUUUACAUUUACUAUGUCACGUCUAGUCUGAGACUAGUCUAAUAUAACAGAUUUAUUUUUCAAAUUAAUGCUUUAGAUUGCUACAGUUGGGAGACAAAAGAAAGUGAAAAGGAGAUAAGAUUUAGGAACAAUGUUCCUCAGUGCCUUUCUUGUUAUGAUUGUAUAGUAAGUAUAGCAGUGUCCUCACUAAUGUAUUCAUGUUGAAUUGAAUGACCGUUUUAAAGUUAUACAUCAGUAUUUAGACUGGAACAGGUAGGACGAUGCUUGAAUGAUCCUGACGCUGAUCACCGAUAUAGCACACACACACUUGAACAAUUAAGACUCCAUUACAUUUUUCACCUUGUUUCUGAAUGUAAAGAUUCAUGUAAUUAUUUGAAUCCUGUCAGUGUCUUUCCAAGGCAAUCAUGUUUGAAAAAAUAAAUCCUGACUCACUUCUUAUUUUCUAUUGAUUUAUUUAUUACAUUGAUUAUUGCUCUUGUUUUUCUCUGUUAGGGGAAUAUUAGACUAUGUCAUGUAAUUUCUUGCCUAUUAUGCCAAAUAGUUGCAUUGUGUGGACUGUCCCUUGACCAAAUUGUAGGUCAGUGUGAUGGAGAGAGGUUAACACAGUGAAGUUUUAUUGAGGGGUCAUGACAAUGUCUCUGCUUACUGAUGAAGGCUGAACCAAAUGCCCCUCUCCUCAAAUGAAAUGUAUACCUCAGAACUGUCCUGUGAACCACCCAAUGGGAAGAGCUGAUUGUGGUGUAACCAUGGGAAAAAUGUAUCGAUAGGAAA